UGUGGAUAGAUUUUUUAUUCUCAUAGCCAUUGUACAAACACUGUGAUCAUUCAUAUGGAAAGAUACCUGGCUCAAUAUAUAUGUGAUAUUGAUAUGGGCAAAAUAUUAGGAAAAUAUUGAAAAAUUAGGCGACCAUGGAAGAGGGGUCCACCAUAUUCAAUUUUUCCCAUAGGAAUAAUGCUUCCAAUUUUGCGAUUUCCAAAUUUGCGACUCACAAUGCCGCCCCAUUUCUCGCAAAAUUGGAGUAAGCACUGUACUCACGGUCGGAAGCGUCUUGCCUUGAGGAUGACUUGGCCUUGUCCGAGAAUGGUGACCCUCCUGUGGUGAACGAACCACUGGCCCAAGCUGCCCAUGACAUGCUCCCCAUUUCCACCACCUACUGUAAAACAACCGUCAGUCUUCUCGUCUAAGCGCCCUGUAGAGGUAUUUUUUUACUCCUCUGUCAAUGACUGCCUGUUACCUGCGGCCAAGACAGCUAGGAGUGCUGCUACUGAUGGUUCCUGGUGCUUCUGUGCCUCUGCUUGUUGCUACUGCCACUGCCUCCUACUGUACCUCCUCCAGCUUUCCUGCGUUCGCACCGAGGGACUCAUACGUCAAGCUAUCUUUCGAUGGGAGUCCGUCCACGGACACCAAGCUGCGUUGGCUGUCUGCUGUCAACAAGGCCUUCCGGCUGCAACGUGAUCUGGCGGAGGUCAAGAUGGCUGGUAUUAGAUCAAAGUUUGUUUACAUAUCCAGACAACUCACGGACAUCAUUGAACGAGUUUUUGUCCUUGUCACUCAUUCCUCACGACUCCAGAAAGUUACCCAGCUACAUCCUCACCUGUUUUCUUGUGGAUGUCGACCCACGUCUUGCUGAGCAACACCCUGAUAUUUAUUCUGCCCGACACUUCAUCCAGGAUGGUUCACCAAUUAGUCGAAUUGUGGUUGUCUGUUACUGUGGUUGGUGUUACAGGUGCUGGGGUAUUGGCCACAUAUCCAGGUAUUGCUCUGCCUUGCCCAAAUGUGCCUGGUGUGCUGGUGGUCAUGAUUCCAGGACAUGUCCCUUCAGGAAUGAAGCUUCACGCCGAUCUGCUUCACCCUUCUCUGGGCCCCCACCUCCUGAGGACUUGUCUCACUGGAAGUGUCCGCGCUGUAAGACGCCCGGGGUUAACGUUUGACAUGGUUGUGCUCGACGCCAGGCCCCUCCUCGUGGUUCCUCACCACAACAUCCUCCUCCGUCGCCGCCGCCAUCAUCACAUCCUACUCUCCCUGCUAACCCUGCUUUUCCUUAGGACCUGGCUGUCUGUAAACCUGUUCAGUCUCUCGUGGCGUGAUGUACAGCCAUUGAAGACCGCUUCGCUGCCCUUGAUGCCCGGAUUGAUGGACUGGUUGUUGCUCACACUGCCACUGCUACCAAACUCGCCACCCUGGUUGAAUCUCAACAGGCAGUCAUGUCCACAGUCGCCACUAUCACCGAGGGAAUGGACACUCUUGCCGCUCGCCUGGAAAAGCUCUGCCAUCUGCUCCCAGCCCCUGGUACAUCAUCUACAGGCCACUCGUGAACUUUGUCCACCUCUUCCACCUCCAUCACCUCUUCCCGGACCCUAUCAUCCAAACACAAGGUUUGCCGCUGAUGCACAAUUAAACAUCAUCUGGAACAUCUGUGGUGUCAAUAGUUUCGGUAAGUUGGCCCAACUGAAGAGUUGUGUUUUUUGUCAUCACCCUAACGCAGUGGUUCUUAACCCCUGGGUCGCAACCCAAAGUUGGGUCGCUAAGGGUUUGCAGAAAAUAAUUAUUUUCCCAUUACAAAUGUAUUAUAAUUACAUAUUGUAAUAAUUAAAAUUCAUGAUGCAUUGUUUUAGGAUUCUAAGUAGACCAUGAUUAAAUAAAAACUCCAAAGCAGUAAAUUUAUUUGAAGUGUAAAGAAUCUCCCAUUCCCAACAAGACAUCUGCCUUUUAAACUUAAUCAUUGGCAGAGGUGGAGGGUGUAUAGGAGGGAGCAGAGUGGAGGACAAUUUGUAUAUCUAUGUAGGUUUGGAUCGCAAUGGUUGAUUUGUGCAAGAUUUUGGGUCGCUGCCAAAAAAAGGUUAAGAACCACUGCCCUAAUGUCAUCUUCCUCCAAGAGGCAUUUCCAGGACAGGCUCCACACCUCGCAGGCUACGUUCCAUACGUACAUAUGGUAAGGAAUGGUCUUCUUGCCUACAUUCAGAACUCCUUGCCGCAUCGCCUACUACGUACCUCUACCGACCCUGAAACUACCUUUCAACUGUCUGAGGUCACACUUGGAAAUGGUGCCAUUCAGGUGUGCAUUGUGUACUCAGCUCCUGCUUGACUCAAUCCUGCACUUCUUCCUCCUCCUACAGUGUGUGGCGUGGUGUAUAUGGGAGACUUCAACGCUCAACAUCCUGACCUGGGUAAUCGUUUCAGUUCCUCAAAUUGAAAUGGCCUGGAUCUCCUGUCUUACACUCGCAGGCAUCACGUGACAUGUUAGGACACUGGUGGCGCCACUCAUUCGCAGGGAGGCACUCUGGACCACGCCCUCUCCACUGGUUGUAUGUCUCCCGGCCACACGUUCAGCGUCAUCCUGCCUCCCACUUCAAGAUACUCGACGCACGCAUUCAAGAGGCAAGGGAAGAAGCUGAACAUGCUGCUCUUCAUUUUCAAGGCAACCGAACUCCUGAGUUACUUCACACUACAGGGAAUUCAGGGAUGCUCUGGUAGCACUACUAAAGUGUGUCACUACUGAGUCCUGGCAGAGGUUCACGGACAGCAUUAACCAAGAGACAAGUGUGAGCUCCAUGUGGCACCUCAUUUGUCGGGUAGUAAAUAAGACUACCCCCACGGCCCGUCACCACAUUCCUGCUGCCUGCGCCCAACAGCUGGUGGACACAUGGUCGGAGCAGUCUAGCCAUGUCAGCCUUCCUGUCCAUGUUCAAGAUGCUCUCUCUUCUCAUGCUCCUGUUAGAUAGCUACGUCUGAUGUCUACCUUGCUACAACCUGACGAUGAAGAUGGGGUACCGAUUACAGAGGGUGAGUUGCGCCAAGCUCUCUUCAGAGGUAAGGCUUCAUCUCCUGGUGAUGAUGGUGUUACCUACGCUGUGCUAUGAUUACUACAAAAAGUUCCUGGUAAUCCUUUACUACUUCUCUUUAAUCUCUGUCUGCGUGAUGGCCAUCUUCCACAAGCCAGGACCAGCAACACCAUCAUACCAAUCCCCAAGCCCGGUACAGCAAAGUUCAGGCCCAUCUCUCUUACUUCAUGCUUUUGCAAGGUAAUGGAGAGGAUUUUGUUAAACUGACUCAUGUACUGCCUCCAGGACCGCCUCCAUUUACGUUUGUUUGGAUUUCUUCCUCAGCGCAGCACACACCACUGCCUUGUUGAUCUUUACUCUCGCCUCUCUCAAGACAGUGUGGUGGCCUUUGUCGACCUUAAGAGUGUCUUCGAUGUCGCUAACAGAGACAUCAUUCUGAGCCAGCUUGUCGACUUUGAUAUCAAGGGCAACCUCUUGCAGUGAAUCAGGAGCUACCUUAGUAACAAGACCUUCCAAGUGUUCUUCAGUGGUACGUACAGCAGCUCCUCCCGCGAGUUUCAUCUUGGUACACCACAAGGGGGUAUCCUGAGACCCUUCCUGUUUAAUAUACUAAUGCACCGGUUACUCACUACUCUGCCAGACAUUCCCAGGACAACUAUAACAUGCUAUGCUGAUGACCUGUUUAUCUACUCCCAACUCACCGAGAAAUCAGCUAUUCCUUGACUCUUUCUCUGUAGCCUCCAGUAAUUGUGGACUUAUUACUUCUCCAGACAAAAGCAGAAUUUUCUCCUGUCGCCCUCUUGUUACUCUCCGGAUUUCACCAUUGGAGGAACUGUUGUCCCCAUAUGCACCCAGUACCGUUACCUUGGCACUCCUGUCAAGAUUUUAUCAGCUUAACCUCUUGGACGUCAGACCCAUCCCUUCGUGUGUGACCUGUUAGAUCGCCUCCAGAGACGACUGCAUCCUCUUCAGUGGCUUACUAGUAACUCUUCUGGAAAUUCCAUCCCUGUGGCUAGGACUGUAUACAUUACUUUCAUUCGUUCUCUUGUAGCCUACCUCUCUCCUGCCUUGAUUCAAUUUUCUCGGACUGCUUUGGACCCAUUAGAAAAAUUACAGACUGCAGCAAUGAUAAUUAUUCUUGGCUGUCCUAUGUCUACUAGGAUUGUCAAUAUGCAGCAUGAGUUGUGCCUACCACCUUUAGUCGAGAGGAUAUACUCUAAUGUUACUUGUCUGACUGUCAAAUGUCUCCAUUUUCCACAUUUAUCACCCCAUUAUUCACAGCUCGCCAGAUUGUCUCUCGGUCCUACUUCACCAAUCCCUCCUAUACUCCCCACUGGUCGUACUCUUAUUAGAUCAAUUUCCUCUUUGCUCCGUAACCUUAAUCUGGAUGUCCUCGCUGCUGACGUGUCCCCAGGCCCAUUCCCAUAACGCCAGAGGUGUCCUUCACUCCCACCUCCAAGACCGACCCCCCCUGCUCUACAACUGCAGCACGCCUUGCAACACGUGGCCACAGUGACGUCCUCCCUCCCAGCUCCACAUCGCAUCUACACUGACGGGUCACUGCAACCUGAUGGUUCAGCUAGUGGUGCAGUAUUCUCCCCUGACUUGGAAUCACGUACAGGGGGAUGGGUUGGCCACCGGCUUGGUGAUCACUCCUGCUCCACACUGUGCGAAUUAUAUGCUGUACUAGAUGCUGUUAGCCUCGCUUGUCAAAGGGAGUGCACGCUGUCAUCACCUGUGACUCCAAACCAGCCCGUCAGGCACUUUCAGCAUCUCAGCCGACCCACACUGCAGUAGUCCGCCAAUUCUGUCAUUCUCGUCAUUAAUGAGAGGUCGUAACUUGUCUGUCAAAUUCUUAUGGGUUCCUUCUCAUGUAGGUUUACCUCACAAUGCCACAGCUGACCACCUAGACAAGGAAGCCUGCCGCCUGCCACCAUGUGAGGAUGGGCGCCUUCUCUCCCUCUCCUGCUACCUCUCCAGAGUCCGCUCCUCUGCUCUUCUCCGGGUACGGCGUCGCAGGGACGCAGAGAGGCCUUUCAGCAUCACCAUCCACCACUACGACUGUCUGCCUCCUAAAGUACACAUACCGUCGCCGGGGCCUCAUGGUUCGGAGGCACAUCUGCGGCAUGGCUACCGUCUCCCGUGGCAGAUCAGCGGGAUGGAGGGAGAGCCACCCUACACCGAGGGGCAUCUGUGCCAUGCCCCGAACUCUAACACCAUCGAACACUAUUGUCUCCAAUGCCCAGCAGUUCGUGACGUGUUGCCAAGAGGGCAGACACUAGUGGCCCUGUGUCAUCAUCUGCUACAUGUAUUAGAAGAAUUGCUUGUACAA